AGGACUAGGAGGAGGAGGAGGAGGAGGAGGCGGCGCCGCUGCUCCCGUAGCUGCUUUCCCCCUUGGCAAAAUGGCUGACAAAGCAAAGUCUGCCAAAGCUGCCAACAAGACUCCCCCCAAGUCUCCUGGAGAUCCUGCCAAGGAGAAAUCAGGUAAACGGCUCUCCCUGGAAUCUGAGGGCACCAAUGAGGGGGCUACCGCCCCAGAACUCAGUGCCCUGGAGGAGGCCUUCAGGAAAUUUGCAAUCCACGGAGAUACCAGAGCCACGGGGAAAGAGAUGCAUGGAAAAAACUGGUCAAAACUCUGUAAGGAUUGCCAAGUAAUCGAUGGGAAAAAUGUGACAACCACUGAUGUGGACAUCGUCUUCAGUAAAAUCAAGUAA